AUGCUGUCGUCCCCCGCAAUCCACCGUUGUCACGAGGCGAUUUUCACGUCACUUGCGAAUUUCAUUGCCGGGGUUUUUGACACAAAAUUCUGGGUAACAGAAAAUAUUGUCAAAGAGACAACCGCGGACACGUGGAGUUGGUAUAAAGGCUCACCAUCAGGGAUGUAUAGGGUCUUUCAAAUAUUCGAGACAAGCACCGCCCUCUAUCGCCUAGGCAGAGAAGACUUAGGUCGAUGUAUGAACAAGAAAGGCUUUGAGGCUCUUGGAGAAUUUUUAAUGCUAAGCACCAACACAAAUACAGAAGAGCCGACUCAAAGCACACAGAUGUUUCUGUCAACUAUAUUGGGUCUUCAAAAAUACUCACCAGAUAUGAGACUGGAAUUUUUGCAGGCAUGCCUGAUUUUUAUAUCCAAAACAACUCACCCCUUCAUACAGAUUCUGUCGCAACUACUGAGGAUUGAACAGGAGCGGCUUGGAGGCGAGCUGCUCAUUAACUUGUUUACCGAGGCAUCAAUCUUCACAGGUGAUCAAUUCCGGAAUAAGAUAGGGGAUAACAAUUUACCCAUAGAGCUUUGCAAGCUGAUGGUCGAUAUUUCGGCUGGUCGUUCGCACAAAUGGCCGGAACCUUGGGUCGAUCCAAGGACUGUCCUCAAACCAGACACAGACAUGCAGAUUUUACAAAUCAAGGACGAAAUCGAGCGUAUGAUUGUUACUGGCAUGGAAUUUUUCCACUAUGAACAGGUCAAUCAAGUGGCGAAUGCGCUGCGAAGCAUGCUACAGGCUACUAACGACAUUACUUGCCGCCAAAUGAUUUCUGGCUACCUGAACGAUCUGCAAACGCCAGCUAUCCGCAAGCGAGUUAAAGACUGUUUUGACAAGGGGGACAAGUACCAGUACAAGAUAUACUGGCAGCUACUGGUAAAUGGUCAAGCUCCUAGUCUAGAUGUCAGAGAUUCAAAUUGGAUCUCGGACAUGGUAGGUGGUUGUGAGGUAUUUCAUAAGUGGGACGAACAAAGUGAAGUCGAGGCCAUCAUGGAACGUAUUGAGGUAGCCCUGGGUGACUACGUGACCAAUUGA